UGUCCCAUAAGAAAUUUUGUUCAUUGAAAAAUGGAUUCAGAAACCGUUAUUGGCAUCAAUCAGUCUAGCAUUUUAAAUGAAAUCAAUGAAGGCUGUGAAAAACUAAUAAUAGAAACUCAACGUGAUUUGGAAAUUUUUAGGAGUGAACAGCAAGAAUUGCAGCAUCAGUUAUUGGUUUUUAAGGAGGAGAACAAUUUCUUGAACAAUAAACUGGAGCAACUUAAAAACGCUACAGCAGCCAAUGAAUCCAGAGACGAUGCCACACGGGAAAGGCUUAACAAUGAUGUUUUGAAAAAUGCCUCCUUACAAAUUGACUAUUUGCAAGUUGAAAACAAGGAUUUGAAAUCGUUAAAUGAAAGCCACAAAAAAACCAUUGAAAAUCUGGAAAAGGAAAUUCAAAAUUAUCGAAAUCAAAUUUUUAACUCAUCAUCAGCUUGCGAAGUAAAACAGAAAUAUACAGCCGUCAUCAAAGUAUUGGAAAGUACUAUCAUGAGUCAGAAAUCCGAGAUUAAGGAGCAAACGCAAGUCAUUACAAACCUAUUUGAUCAAAAGAAACACAUGAAGGAUUUUAUUGAAAAACUGCAAGUUUCCAUUGAAGAAAAGAACAAGGAAAUAUCCAAAUAUCUGGAAACAGAUGGAAUUUUAAAAAAAUUACAGCAUCAAUUGAAUGAAUACAAAGAAAACUGUGUGGAAUUGGAAAAAUCACUAAAACUCUCGAAAAGUUUGGUGGAUGAGCGAUAUAAACGUGAACAAGUUGCCAUACAGAAGGUUCAAGAAGCUUUAACUGUGGCCGAUAUAGCCAUGGCCGAUAAAAAAGAGGCCUUAGAUCGCCAACGCAUACUUCAGGAGGAAUGUGAAACUAUAGCAUCCACCAUAGGCCAAGUAAUGGAAGAGGCUGCACAAAAAGUUGAAAAGGAAAUGGAAGAUAUGCGAAAAGCUAAUUUGCAAAAAGAAAAGGCAUUACUGGAGGAAAAAACCAAGCUUGAAGAGCAGAUUCGAAAUCAAAAUAAACUCUAUGAAAUUUUGAAUACCAAAUGCUUUCGACUCGAGGAGAAAUAUAAAAAUGCUGCGAGUGAUAAUGAAAAACUAUUGAAACAGUUGGAGUUAAUGGAAAAUCGAAUUGUAAGUGAAUUGCAUGAAAUGGAGCAGCAGCAUCACCGUAGCUAUAGCAAAAGCCAAAAGAAACAGUCCUUGGAUGAGCAAGAGGUAGAAAUCAAGUAUUAUGUGGAAAAAAAUAAACAACUUCAAGAAAGUUACCGCUCGACUAUACACAACUUAACCCAUUUAUUUGAGAAACAAAUCUGUGCACUACAAACUGAAGUUACCAACCUAAAAGCGGAAAAUAGUAUGCUGAAAGCCAGAAAUUUAUCCACCAAAAAUGACCAAAACUGAAUUUGAAUUCAAUCGAUUAAUAACUUCAUAUGCAUUUAGGAUGUUUUGUUUUUUUUUUACA